AUGGGACCUGACAUUUUCCAGCUACUUGUGUCACUGUCGCUGAUUUCGCUCUCAUCAAGUGAUGCAACCGUAAGGUGCACGGAUUUAGACCCAACACAAUAUUUAUGCAAGAACUAUGCUGUGGAUCCAAUAACUCAGCAGUCAAUCACAUGCUCUGCAGAUAAUUCUGUUCAAGUGAUGUGCGAGACAGCAGAACAUGUAAAAUGUAUCGGAAAGGAUAACCAAUUCGGAGUAUUCAAUAAAACGGUUCCCGAUGCUUGCCACUACGGAGCCCAUGUAAACUACACAACGGCACUACUUCUAUCAAUUUUCCUUGGCUUCUUCGGAAUCGACCGCAUCUAUCUCGGGUAUUACGCUCUCGGUUUCGUGAAGAUGUUCUCUUUGGGUGGCCUAGUCGUUUUCUGGGUUGUCGACAUAAUUCUCAUCAGUCUUCAAUUGCUUGGUCCGGCCGAUGGAACUGACUACGCAAUGGCUUACUACGGACCAAAAGUCCAGAGAAUAAGAUAG